AUCACAGAUUCUGCAAGUCAAGCAAUUGGACUACACCGACCCCAUUUCCCCCAUUAUUAUGCAUCUGUAAAACCAAUCUUUCAGUYGUUGUGGCCACCAAUACAACGAAGCCGAUUGCGACUUCUAGAGAGAGAAACCCACACAAGAACAUAUCCCUUUUCAUCUAUUUUCAAUAACAAACGUUUUUGUUUUCGGAGAGUUGAAGUUUGUAAAAAAUGGGGUUGAUUUCUGGAAUACUGAUGGGGACUAUAUUUGGGAUUGCGAUUAUGGCUGGUUGGCGUCAGAUGAUGAGGUACCGAAGCAGUAAACGAAUCGCUAAGGCAGUGGACAUAAAGCUCCUUGGAUGUCUCAACAGAGAUGAUCUGAAGAAAAUCUGUGGUGACAACUUUCCUGAAUGGAUCUCUUUCCCUGUUUACGAACAGGUGAAAUGGCUGAAUAAACAAUUAAGCAAACUCUGGCCAUAUAUUGCAGAAGCAGCUAGUAUAAUAAUUAAGGAAUCUGUUGAGCCGCUAUUGGAAGAGUAUCGUCCAACAGGAAUUUCAUCGUUGAAGUUCAAUAAACUGUCGCUUGGAACUGUGGCACCAAAGAUUGAAGGUAUCCGCAUUCAGAGCCUYAAGAAAGGUCAAAUAACAAUGGACAUAGAUUUGCGUUGGGGUGGGGAUCCAAGUAUCAUUUUAGGAGUUGAAGCUGCAGUUGUUUCUUUACCAAUUCAGCUGAAGGAUCUUCAAGUUUUUACAGUCAUUCGUGUUAUUUUCCAGCUCUCCGAGGAAAUUCCUUGCAUCUCUGCUGUUGUUGUUGCUUUACUUUCUGAGCCAGAGCCAAAAAUUGAUUAUACAUUGAAGGCCGUUGGUGGAAGUUUAACAGCCAUUCCUGGACUUUCAGAUAUGAUUGAUGAUACUGUAAAUACGAUAGUUAAAGAUAUGCUUCAAUGGCCCCACAGGAUUGUUGUUCCCAUUGGUGGUGCAGGUGUGGAUACAAGUGACCUGGAACUUAAGCCACAAGGACAGCUCACAUUAACGAUUGUGAAGGCAAAUAAUUUGAAAAAYAUGGAAAUGAUAGGAAAGUCUGAUCCUUAUGUGACUGCAUUUAUUCGGCCACUUGAAAAGUUUAAAACAAAGGUCGUCGAUAACAACCUGAAUCCUGUUUGGAAUCAUGUACUUCAGUUAAUUGCGGAAGACAAGGAGACCCAGUUUGCUGUAUUUGAGGUUUUGGAUCAAGAUAUUGGGCAAGACAAGCGAUUGGGCAUAGCAAAAUUAUCUCUGAUUGACCUUGAACCAGAAAUCGAGAAAGAGAUCGAAUUGAAACUGCUACCUUCUCUUGAUAUGCUCAAGAUAAAAGAUAAGAAGGAUAGAGGAACUCUUACAGUCAAGGUCAAGUACCAYCAGUUUACCAAGGAAGAGCAAGAAGCUGCUAUAGAACAAGAGAAGAAGAUACUAGAAGAGAAAAAGAGACUGAAAGCAGCAGGUCUUAUAGGAAGCACCAUGGAUGCCAUUGAUGGAGCAGCCGGAUUGGUCGGGUCUGGGGUUGGACUAGUGGGUACUGGUAUCGGCACAGGAGUCGGGCUCGUGGGAAGUGGAGUCGGUGCCGGGGUCGGGCUCGUGGGAAGUGGAGUCGGUGCUGGGGUUGGGUUUGUGGGAAGUGGGCUGGGAGCCGUUGGUAGUGGUCUCAGCAAGGCUGGAAAGUUCAUGGGGCGGACCAUCACUGGAACCAGUGGAAAACGGAGUGGUGCAUCGACUCCAGUGAACUCGGUCGAAGAAAACGGAGGUGCAAAACCACGCUAACCAGGGUGGGUUAUAUUUGUUGUUUACUUAAAUGUGAAUUAAUCACACACACUUCUCUUGUGAAUCAAAUUGUGUCUUCUUAUUUGUUUAUGUUGGUUUUGGUUGUUUAGGAUUCACAAGUAGAUGGACUGUAAAUCAUUGAUGCCUCGGUGUACUCUUUUGUUAAUGUGGAUACUCAGAUAAUGCUUUCAAAUUUGUUAAUAUGGAUACUGAGAUAAUGUGCCUUCUCAUUUGGCUGGCUA